GUUUUGGAGGUGAACGUUUUAAUGAGGCUCAGUUUCCAUAAUACUGUGAACUUAGCAACAAGUCUUCUUUGCAACAGACUCUAUGAAAGAAGAUAUGACUGUACAAAAAGAAAAACAGGUAGGUAUUCUUCAAUUUCAGUCACAAACUGAAGUAUUCAACCAGAGACAGAUUAGAAAUAACAAUUACAGUAACGAUACUGCAGUCGAAAGACUCAUAAUGAUCCAAGAACCGAGUGGGAAAAGUAACCAUCUAAUUGCUUUAGAAAACCCUAAUUUCCACAUCUGUUGGCUUCCAUGCCACCAAGAAAUUACCACUGGAAAGGUUUUUUUAGCAGCAAACAUAUACUCUGUGGAGCUUCUUGUUAUGAUAAAGAGAUUAGUUUGAUGGAAAUUCAGUGAAUAUACAUGCGUGAUGAGAGUCAUGGAGAAGAUGACCAUUGUAUUCAGCCAAAAUCGAGUGAUCGCGGAUUCAUAGAAGUGUAAGAAUGAGGUUUUAUUUUAAGUUUAUUAUUGCAAGGAUAACGUGCGAAUCAGAAUUUGGUUUUCCAAAGUUAUGAGAAAUAAUAGUCCCACACCGGAUGCUGAGAGAGGUGGGAGGGGAACGAUGCAAAAUAAAAAGAGAAGGCAGCCUUAGGAAGAAAGCAUCUUUGCGCUUGGGGCAAUGACGCAGCUAGUGAGGUUCUUCUUCAACUGCUUAACACGGAAAGAAGAAAUCAUGGAGUCCAUUGCUAACUAAUAUGACACUUGGCUACAUGGCGACUUCUCCUACACUUUCGAUUACUCAGUAGUAGAGCAUGUUAUGAAUAAAGAGAAAGGAGAGAAAGAAGAUGCAGUAUUGUCAGUUCGUCCCCCUCCCGACCGCCGCCUUGGAGGAAUUUUGUGAUUAAGAUUUGGAAGAUGUUGUUUCAAGUUUGGAUUUGUUUUAAUAAUCUUGCUCUUGUUUUUAUUUUCCGGUUCGUAUUGAAUGUUGUUUUAGUUGUCUUCUUUAUUUCCACUAGCAGAACUCUAGAGUUUAGGUUGAGUGAUAAAAGGUCUAUUAUAUUGCAUCUGACAUUGGCUCAAUUAAGUCCAUUAUAUGAUCAACGGGUCAUAUUGCUUGUUUGGAGGUGAUAGGCCCUGAGUUUGGUUUGAGGGCAAACGGUCGGAAAGAGACUUUUAGUCUUUUUGUAUCUUGUCUGAAUUCUGAUUAUUCAAUAUA